AUGGUGGAUGAGGUGGGGCUGGCGCUGACGUGGAUCCUGGACAAUGCGGAGGCGUAUGGAGGGGACCCGUCGCAGGUGUCCCUGGUCGGCCACUCUGCCGGCGCCCAGCUGUGCACGAUGGCCCUCCUCCACCGCGCCGCCGCCGCGCACGCCGCCGCGCACGCCGCGGCGCACGCCGCCGCACACGCCACCGCCGUCACCACAAGCGGCGGCGGCGCCCCGGCCGACGGCGCCGGCGGGGGCGGCCCCAGCGGCGGCCCCGACGUCUGCAUGCCGCUGCGGCUGGUCGGUAUUGCAGGGGUGUAUGACAUCUCGAAGCACUACGAAUACGAAACAGAGCGGGGGGUCCAGGAGCUCAGCACCAUGAAGCGCGCCAUAGGUGGCCUAGGCAUGGCAGCGGCCGUCAGCCCCUCUGUCAUCCUGGCCGCCGCCCUGCGGCGCGCCCGCCGCGCCGCAGGGGCGGACGGGGAGGCUCGGCGCGCGGCGCGGCGGCCGCGGCGGCGCGGCGCUGAGGACGGCGGCGGCGGCGGCGGAGGGGAGAGCGAGCAGGAGGACGGAGAGCUGCUCGUGCGCUUCUACGAGGAGUUCCCGCUGGCGGGCGAGGCCAUCGCGCACCGCAUAGGCUUUGACCGCGGCGGCGGCCACUACGACGAAAGGGAGGCGCUGCUGGCUGACCUAAGCCUGGAGGGCGCCGCUUCUGUGCCCUGUGUUGACUCGACGGUGCCCUUCUUUGAGAGCGCCGAGAUGUUCCACCGGCUGGUGGAUGCGGGGGUGCCGGCGAAACACCUGGUGUACAACAAGGCUGACAACCGCCUGGUGGGCCACGGCGAUUUCGUGGUCUGCUGGCCGACCUCCGUGGACCCCACCCGGCAGGAUGCCAAUGCUGACCUGGUGGCUGCAGCCACCCUCGACGAUGACGCAUACGACAGCGGCAGCGACGACGAGGCGGGCCGUGGCGGCGGGUGGCCAGAGCGGCUGCAGCAGAAGCUGCUGCUGAGGCAGCUGCCGCCGUACAACCGGGACCUGUGCCUGAUCGUGGCCGGGGCUGUGGACGUCGAUUUCCUGCGCGGCGGGGGCGAGGCUGCGCAGGGCGCAAGGCAGAAGGCACAGGGGCAUGCCGCGGGUGUGCAAGCGGGGGAGGCGGCGGUUGGGGCGGGGAGCUCCUGA